AUGAAGCUCAUAUCGUUGCUACCUGUUAUUACAUUAAUAAUAAUCGGAUUCAUACUUGAUCAAACAUACGCAUCUGGAAUAGGUACAUGUUAUGAACAUACAACUUAUCCAUAUAAACAUGAAACAAUGAAAAAAACAAAAUGCGAUAUGGAAAAAGUAAGAGGCCAACAACAGUUAAGCUCUGUUGUUGGAAAUCUUAGUCCAGAUCAAGCAUUUGUCAUAGAUUUUCACUGCGGGGUCAGUGAUAAAACACUUUGCAGUAAAGCUCAAACUGCAUUUAAUUUAGUUGGUAAACGAAUCGCUUCUGUGCUUAAAAUUAAUGUAGUAAUAAAAGUAAAUGCUACUUUCACUGAUUUUUGCGUAGCUUUUAAUGAAUGUAUAUCCGGAUCAGCAGCACCUGCAAGAACAAUCCCAAUGGUGGAUAGUGAUAAUAUAACAAGACUUUAUCCUCAAUCUUUAGUAAAACAAAGAAUGUUAUCAAAUCGACCACAACUUGGAACAUAUGAUAUUGUAGCAAAUUUUAAUUCACAAGCAAACAUGUUUUUUCGUGGAGAUGGUAAAAUAAAACCAGGACAAUUUGAUUUUGAAUAUAUAGUAACACAUGAAUUCCUUCAUGGACUAGGUUUCGGGUCAAGUUGGAGAACAUAUUUUAGUAAUAUUAAUAUAUUAACUCCGAUGCCAAUUGAUGAUGGAAUGACUUUUGUAGGAUUUAUGGAAACAGAAUUUGAUAGAUAUAUGACCGUUCAACAAAAUGGCACAUCUGUACCUAUGACUUCACUCACUAAGCAACUUAAUAGUAUAUUUUCUAGUAAAAAUUCCGGUACAGUAAAUUUUGCUGGAACUCCCCAAUUUAAACUUGCUCAACAAUUACUCACUGCUGCAUCAACACCAUCCACAAUGAAUUUCGUAACUAAUUCAAAAGAUAAAAUAUUAUUAGAAACUAGUAUUAAUCCUUUUCAAGAUGGGUCAAGUGUUAGUCAUGUAGAUAGUAAGACCUUUACUACAAAUAGUGAUUUCUUAAUGAUGUUUGCUGCAAAAGAUGGAAUAACUUUAGAUGAUGUUGCUAAAAUGAAUGGUGAUCCAACUGGUACUGGUAUUGGCCCUAAAACUCUUAACGCUCUGGAGACUUUAGGGUAA